ACUCUAAGUCGUAUGCAUUUCCCUAUUAAAAUAGCGUUUUUUUGCUCUGAGCUCCUCAAUUCAUGAGUCCUAGAACUGUUAUAGAACUCUUACGGAUGGAAAAACUAUUGAAAAAAAAUGCUUUUUUGUUAAUAAUAUCAGCGCUGGCAUAUUAUGCCACUUUGGUAUUUUACGUAAUUUUUUGGCUCGGGUUUUUAAAGGCCAAAGAUUCGUUCUAAAAAAUCAUUUUAUUUUGCAAAUUCUUAAUAGAAAAGCUAAAGCCAUUCAAUCAAUUCAACACAUUCAGCACUUGCAUAAAAAUAAAACAUUUCUUUUAAAUCCUCACAUUAGCCAAGAAAUAAUUAUAAUUUUAUUUCAAGGUCCAAUAAGUUUUGAUAAUGAAUUUAAUUUUUCUCAAUUUCUUACUAAAAUUUGUACCAAAUACUUUACCUUAUACCCGUACCAAAUCAGAUAGAUGUAUUAUUCAUAUUUUCUCAGUACGCCGUAUACGACAGCUGACGAUGAUGCAUGGUCAACUGGGUUGGGGCAGUGUUAGAAAAGUCAAAUUGGAAGAGCAGUGCAGACUCUGCCGUAUCUUGCAAAUAUUACACAAAAUCAGUAUCCGCCCUGUGUGAAAACUUUUCAAAUUGCUAGAUAAAUAUCCAGUGUACAAAAUCACGAUGGAGUUUGUGUGAAUAACGUGGUAAAUUCAGUGGAAAAGAGCAAAAAUAUCGGAGGGCGCAGACAUCAAAUCUGCCAUUUUUAUCACAGUACUAGCGCCCCUUGCGGCGCCGUGGGCGAAGCAUAAUCAAAUCAAUUUUUACCCAAAUUUCGCCACUUUCCGGGCAGUUUCACGUGCUGUGGGCACUUCUGGGGCAUCCAGGAACACACGAAAGGGAUAUCCUGGGCAGCUAAGAAGAAUUUGGGGAAAUUGCAAAAACUACUGCGGAGUUUCAGCUAGCGCGCACUUUUGACAGAUUUGGGAGUGUUUUUUAGCUGUGUUUUUUAAUUGAAAGUGAGAAAAGUGCAAUUUUGGGGGUGAAAAAAGCCCAUUUCCGGUGAAAAUGUCGUCUGUGCCAGUGCCGCGGAUCCUCAAGAAGAAGCACUUUCGCGUGAAACACCAGAAAGUGAAGUUAUUUCGCGCCAAUGAGCCACUUGUGAGUGUCUUCAUGUGGGGCAUCAAUAGCACUAUUAAUGAGCUGAGCCAUGUCAAUAUUCCCGUCAUGCUCCUGCCAGACGACUUUCGAGCCUACUCCAAGAUCAAAGUCGACAAUCACCUAUUUAACAAAGAAAAUAUGCCAUCCCACUUCAAAGUCAAAGAAUACUGUCCACUGGUUUUCCGGAAUCUGAGGGAACGCUUUGGGGUGGAUGAUGUGGAUUACCGUGAGUCCCUGACUCGUUCCCAGCCGCUCAAAAUUGAUUCGUCUGGGAAGAGUGGGGCACAGUUCUACAUGAGCUACGAUAGAUUGUUCAUCGUGAAGAGUCUGACGUCUGAAGAGGUCGAGAGGAUGCACUCCUUCCUCAAGCACUACCAUCCGUAUGUCGUUGAGCGACAUGGAAAUGUGCUGCUGCCGCAGUAUUUGGGAAUGUAUCGGCUGACAGUGGAUGGUGUUCAGUCCUAUUUUGUGGUGAUGCGAAAUGUCUUCAGCUCCCACCUCAGAGUCCACCGUAAGUUUGACCUCAAGGGUAGCACAGUUGAGAGGGAGGCGUCAGACAAAGAGCUGGAGAAACAGCUGCCGACACUCAAAGACAAUGACUUCAUCAAGUCCGGCAUCAAGAUUUUGAUUGGGGACGAAGCCAAAGAGAAACUCCUCGCCACACUAAAUGCUGAUGUCGAUUUCCUCACCAAAUUGCACCUCAUGGACUAUUCCCUGCUCCUGGGAAUUCACGAUUGCAAUAGGGCCGAGGAGGAUCUGGCUAAUGAGGGGCUUCAGGGGGGUGCAAGGGGGGAAACGAGUGACAGUGAAGAGUGCGACAGUGGUGAAAGGUUUAACUACAACACUCCACCAGACUCACCGAGGUACAUUGGUCAGGGACAAUACAAUGAGAUCAUACCAGAAAUUGAUAUCUAUGCCAUCUCGAGUCUGCCGGAGAGGCGGGAGAUCUACUUCAUUGCAAUUAUCGACGUUCUCACGCAUUAUGGCGUCAAGAAGCAAGCAGCCAAAGCAGCAAAAACAGUCAAGUAUGGGAGCAAUGUGGAUGGAAUUUCAACUUGUGACCCUGAACAGUAUGCCAAACGAUUUAUCGACUUUAUUGAUAAGGCAAUUGAGUAGAAGUAUUUUGCCUAAUUUACAAGGCACGACAAGCGUGCGAUAAAAAAAGCAACAAAAGUUAAAAAAAAAAUUGAAGUGAAAAGUUAAUUGAGAUUACAGAUUGAUGGCAAAGAUGUAGAAGAAGAGGCAAGAAAAAAAGAGACAUAUACACAAAAAUUCUCAAGUUUGAAAUAUUUCUUUUUUCCGCAGAAACACCAUUCUUUUUUUCUAAGACAAAAGAUUUAAGAAAAAAUAAAUAAAUAAAAAUCUUUGAAUUUCAAACACACUCUAUGCUCUUGAAGAAAAGAAUUUAUCUUAUUUAAUCACCAAGAAAACUUAACACAGAAUAAUAAAUUUCCCACACAAAUAAAUAUUAAUAAAACAAUAAAUCUUGUGCAAUGUUUACGCAGUGAGACAAAGUUUAAAUAUCUCAAAUGAAACAUAUUUAAGCUCGAUUUAGAGGUGAAAAAAAUUUCUAAACAGGUGUUAUAUAGAUUUAAUGAAGAAAUAAAAAAAGCAAAAUGAGAGAUUCCAGGUGAAUACAAUUUUAAUGUAUAACUGAAAAUAAGAAGAAGAAAAAAAGAAAUAGAAGAGUGUUGCGAAUUCUUGAUGAAUUCUUGAAUUUUUGAGAUUUGAAGAUGAAUUUUUUGUGAGUGUAAAAUUUGAAGGCAUUCAAUGCAAUAUCUUGAGCAUUUUCUUUCAAACAAAGACACAACAUUGAUUUUAAAAACAAAAUAUAAAAUAUUCUUGCAUUUUUUGCAGCAAUUUCCAAGGAAAAUUAUUUUAGACUAGAAAUUGCCGCUAAUUCUCUAAUUUUGCUUAAGAGGUUACUUUGAAAAUUGAGGUUAUGUAAGAUCUAACCUAAAAAAACCAAAGCGCAUACUUUGUGGAAGGAGCCUCGCAGAAUUUUCUAAAUUUUUCAAUUUCUUUUUAAAUACAACAAUUUUGUGUUAUUUAGAAAAGAAAUAAAAAUUUAGAAGAGAGAGAGAGAAGUGGGGCACCUUUAAAUUUGGGGCAGAUUUGAAAUUGGGAUUUUGAUUUUACUCCUAUUUUUAAAUGGAAUUGAGCCAUAUCGUAAUGUAAUUUAGCUUCUCAAUCUAUUUGUGGUGCUAAAUUAUACGAUCAUAACGACCAGCGCACAAUAACUUUUGUUUGUAAAUAUGUUUUCAAAAUUGUCUGUGAGAGUGAGCGAGAUGACUAGAUCUAGAUCUCACUCACUCUCAUUGCAAUGUCAAAAACAUGUUUACUAAACAUAAGUUAUUGUGCGUUGGGCAUAAUGUCCAACGCACAAUGACUUUUGUUUGUAAACAUGUUUUUAAAAUGUCCUAUGAAAAACAGCAAGAUAACUAGAUGUCGGUUUCAUUCGCUCUCAUUGAAAUGUCAAAAACAUGUUUACAAAAUAAAAGUUAUUGUGCGUUGGGCAUAAGGCUCAAUUUUAUUUAAAAAUAGGAGAAAAAUCGAAAUUUCAAAGCUGCCCAAAUUCUAAGGUGCCAGACUUCCCCCAAUUGGUAAAAAAAACUGAAUAAAAAUCCUGAGAUAUUGGUCAUUUUUACAAAAAAUCUUAAUAAAAAGCAUUGUUCAAAAUUAGGUUAAGAGGAAUAUAUUGGGUACGAUACCUAAAGAAAACUAUCAGAGAGUAAGAAAAGUGCCCAAAAAUGACGAUUUUUUUCUAAAAACUGAAACAUCAUACAGUACAUUUGACGUGUUUCUGUGCCGUAUUGACGCAAAAUCGACGUACUCUCAAUAAACAAAUCCACUUGAAUUUCGUCAUCGUGACAUUUCAGUGCAUUAUCAUCAUUUUGACUUCCAUAAUUCAUAAUUCAUCGAUAAAUUAACCAUUUGACAUUUCAAUAAUUUUUCCUGCGGGAAGAUAGGGUAACGUGUGGUAUUUCUGGACAAGGUGCUUUUCGGGACAUAAUUUAUGUGUAUUUUGGGACACAUAAAAAAUCCUCCAAAUAUUUGUUUUCUAAUUAUUUUCAAGUUCUAUAUGAAAUAUUAAGCUCUUUACGUAUCAGUUACGUAUCAAUUAAACAAAAUUUUUAGGAAAGAGUGAAGUUUAGAAGUUCUACUUAAAGGUUAAUAAUCAGACUCAGUGAAAUUUAUUUGCAUAAUAGCGACUUUUGUCUGUCCCGAAAUACCCAACUGUUCCGUUCCGAAAUAUACCGCUCUUACUUCUUUACAUUUUUUGCUAUUUUGUAUAAAAAAUGAUGCAUUUUUCAACAUUUUUCGAUAAGAAUCUUAUUCUGGAUAACAUAAGGAACAUAAAUAUCUUUAUCAACAAAGAAAAAAAUUAUUUGAGAAGUCGUUAAGCUGUUUGAAAGUUGAAAGUGCUAAAAAGUGUCCCGAAAUACCACACGUUACCCUAUUACCAUAACCCUUUAAAGACGAUUGGAUCACCGGUGACCCAAAAAUAAAACUUUUCCUACGGCUUUCUAAAGUUGUAUUUUGUUCUAAAAAGUUAAAAAAAAAUGACUUUCUGACAGUCAAUUUUUGACCUUCUCGUCCUUAAAAGGUUAAGACCAAGGCCAAAAAUCGCUUUUUCUUAAGAAAAUCGUCUGCAUUGUUGUAUGUGGAAACGUUAAAAUUCUGUCAAAAAUGAAAUUUUUGAUGAAUAUUUCUUCGAGCGUGUGGAGGUCCAUUACGCAAAAAUGUCUACAUCUAUAAGUUCGCAAAUUGCAAAUUGUAAACAACUGACUACGCCAUCUAUUGAGUUUUCUUCUGAUAGUGGCUUGUUAGCGAGCUUGUAAUUUCAUUUAAUGUCAAAGACAUAUUUAGAAUAAAAAAGUAAAAGUAAUAUUUAUUUAGUCUAGUUCGGCCAGUUCUUAGUCUUUAGUACGAAAAGCAGUCGAUGAAAUGUACUUCUUACCAUCAGUACGCCUGAAUUAUUUGCAAAACAAGGAGAUUUUGGUCAUACCUUUUCUGGUUAAAUUUUGAUAUUCAAGAUCAUUUAAAAAUUUCUAACCUCAAAAAAACUUCAGAUGAUAUAUUUGUAGGACUCAAAAAUUUUAAUUUUUUCGAUUUUGUUUCAAAAUUCAAAAAACAUUCCUGAACAACACAAAAAAUCAAUAGCCAUUGUAAAAGUUUGUGGUUUUGUGGUUAUUAACAGUAUUUCUUGAUAUUAAGAACAUAACCAAGAAAAUAAAGCUUCGAAACAUAACCAAGAAAAGUUCGUUAUUUUUUCUUAAUGAUAAAUGCUAAGGCUUUUUUUAUUAAAAUCUACUUCCUGGAAGUAAAUGAACAUACAUUGGUUACUUAAAAUUCGUUAUUUCAGGUUAUCUAAUUUCAAAAAGCAUUACAUUAGCAACAAUUUCUUCCCUCUUUAUUGUUUUAAUUUGAAUUCAUAUAUAAAAUUUCAGAGGUUUCAAUAGAGAAAGUAUGCCAGGAUUCUUUAUAGGUUAUGUAGAACAUAACCUUACAUUUGAAAAAGCAAUUUCUUAAGCAAAUAAGAGUUUUGAGGCCCAUUGAUAAAAAAGGCAGUCCCUAACAAAAUGAAUGUGUGAACAAUAAUUUUACUUCUUACAGUAACAAAAGAAAAAAAACUGAUGAAAGUAUUUAGAAAAUAGACAUAAAGAAAUAAUAUCUAUCUAAAAAAUAGAAGAAGAAAAAACAGAAAACAAAUUUACUGUAAACCUCUUUUUUAAUGUGUAAAUAUCUUUUCUAAUUUAUUAGGUGUUUUUAUUCUUUUCUACAUGAAGAAAAAAAAGAAACAAAUAAACGUCUUUCUUUAGAAAGAAAGGACAAGUAGAAAUCUUUUCGUUAACUUACCUUCAAAGAAAGAAGAAAAAAUUGAGAAGAAUUUAAAUUGAAAUGUUUUUUACUCAAUUAGAAAAAUAAUUUCUCGAAAGAUUGAAUUUCAUAAAAAAAAAUCUAUUGAUGAACAAUUUAUUUUUCACAUGAAAAGUGAGAAAAACGUUGAAAUAAUAAUAAGUUUUCUUUUUAAUUUUUUUUUUUGAGAACUAGUCGCAAGAUGAGCUUACAGUUGAAAGGGAGAAAAUGAUACAGAAAAAAAGAUAAGAAGUGAAAAAUUUUUGAAAAAAAAGAUAGUAGAGAUGUGAGUCGAGAAGAGAAAACAAUUCUUGAGUCUGUGAUUUUGAUUUUAUUUAGUGUGUUUUGUAAAUUGUUUUUCUCUCUACUCAGUUUUCUUUUGAGGAAAAAAAUCAAUUGCUGAGGACUAAGAACAAGUGAGGUGAAAAUUUUUUGCAAAAUCAAUAAAGAUUUUAAGGAGUAUUAAGUGUUAAUUAAAAGGAAGGUGUCAACCUUUUUGAAAAGUCUCUCUGACAGAAGGAAUUUAUUCUGUGAGGAUUUCUUUUAAUAAAGCAUUUGGUAAAUUUUGUUGAAAAGCCGCAUGAAGCACGAGGUUUUAAGGUUAAUUAGAUGCAACUUAUUUUUUUGGUGAGAAUAUGGUUUGUCAUUAAAAAAUACGAGCAAUAAUAUUUGAGGUUAUCUAUAAGAUAAAUUUGAGGUUAUGCUCCAAAGCCAGUGAGAAACUUUUAAGAAAUGUUGUGAAUUUGGAAAGAUUAAGCUAAAAAAUCUUCAGGGGCGUGGAAUAAGAUUCAAUAUAACCUUACUUUCUUAGUUGUGAAAAAUCCUACAACCUUUGUCCGGAAAUAGAUUUUAUUGGCAAUUUUAAAAUUUAAACAAAUGGAUUCUUCAUAAAAUAACCUCAAUUAAUGCAAUGUUUUCUGAAAACAACUUUUCGGACCACAAACUUAGAUUUGUAGGCUUUGAGGUGACACAAUACAAUAACUAACCUCACUUUAAGUUUCCUUAGUACAUAGGUUAAUGUCAUCAAAAUAAGAACUAAAUUUGAAAGGUUUUGGUAUAAAGUUUUCAAACAGGUGAAAGGUUAUGUUGCAGAUUGAGGUUAUGGAGAAGAGCCAACCGAUAUACCUUUCGGAAACGCGAUCCCUUAUUCUAAAAAUUUGGUUUUCAAAUAUCACACGGCGGGAAGUAGAUUUUCGUAUUUGGACGCUGAAAAUAUUGCAUUUUUCACGAGGAUUAAUACUUUCAGAUUUUAAUAACCCUAAAAACUAACUAACUCCGAACCACUCUACUUCUUAGUUUGCAAAUAAUGAAAUUUGCACUUAACUUGACUUCCUUAUUAAAAAUUGUCCCUUCCUGUAUUUCUAGUAUUUGAUUAUUUACAGCAUAACCUCACUUUGGAACAUAACCUUUUUUUUCGUUAAAACAUUUUCAUAGUAGGAUAUUGUCGUUCAAAUUUGUGAUUAAGGAAGAUUUCUCUACGAAAACUACUUAAAAUCUUGUUUCUAAUGAUAAAUUUGUCGAUUUAACUCACAUGAAAUAUGUUAUUUGAGGUUAUGUUACUUUUAUCAGUGUGACUUUGUAAUUAAACCUGAUGAAUUUCUCAAAGACAUUACUUGAAGUGAAAUAAGAUAAUUUUCUACAGGGUUGAUAAAAAACAUUACUAAUUUUUUUUCCAUAUUUUAACCUCAAACUUGGAUCCACCGAAUUUUUACGGAAAAAUAAUUUUAAUGGUCACUUAUUAUAUCUUUUAGGUUAUGACAUUUCUAAUCUUAGGCUCUAGAAUUUGAUCGAAAAAUGAAGUAUUGAUUUUUCUUCAAUUCCGUUUUCAAAAGCAUUGCUAGUUUGAAAAAACCUUUAUUUCCUAAUUGUAACCUUAAAAAAAUUGAAAGGGCUUACCUGGUGAAUCUCUAGGAAAAUGUUGUUUGGAACUUACCGUGAGUUUUGAGAUAAUUUGGAGUAAUGGUCCACAGGGAAUCCAAAAUAUUAAACUGUUAAGGAAAACUGAUUAUUGAAACUUAACCUCAAAUACGCAGGUAGAACUUUAAGUGUUCCUUCAAAAGUAAAAGGAUUGAAUCAACCCAGAGUCAAAGAUCUACUGAAGUUUCUGGAAGAAGCAUUUUCAAUUCUGUCUGUAUAGCAUUUUAGUCGUUCCUAACCUCAAAGUUAGUUGCAUCCAAUUUCCUUAGCGAAAAUGCGAAUUUGUAGCGAUUUCACCAAAGUUUUCAAAAUGCCUGGAUUAAAAUGGGGAAAAGAGAGAGAGAGAAAUUAAAAAUAAAAUGUGAAAGGGAAUUUCCACAAAGAGUGGAAAUAAUAAAAAAAAAAUCAAACAUUUUGAGAGAAAAAUCAACAAGAUGGGAUUUUUUCACAAUAAAUAAAAUUUCCACCUUAUUUUAUAUUCUGGUUCAUUGCUGUUUAUUAAACAAUAAAAUAUGAUAUAAUCUAUACAUACAUCAAUAUUUUAGUGAUAAUUGAUAACAAUAAAAAAAAGAAUUGAAAGAAA